AGCGCCUCUUGCGCCCGCCGGGCCGCCGCGGAGAAGCGAGCCGGGGUGCCGGCCGGCAGUCGCCGCGUCUGUCGGAGCCACCGGUCGAGGCUCGGCGCCCGUCAGCAGCGCGCGGCCACCAUGGCGACGCGGAGGAGCCCCCCGCAGGAGCGGGUGCGGGAACGACCUCGCGACCCCGCCACAGGAAAUGACCAAGUUCACUCCUGGACACUAGUCACCAGCCAAGCCUUAGAUACUGCGUGGCGAGUAGCAAAGGGGUCGGUGACGUUGGCAGUUGCAUUUCUGGUAGCGACCCUCUGCUACUUCAGAAGACUACAUUUAUAUUUAGGGCACCGGCUGAAAAGGCGGAUUGGAUAUCUGCAGAGAAGAUUCAAAAGGAACCUCAGCGUGGAGGCGGAAGUUGAUUUACUCAGUUAUUGUGCAAGAGAAUGGAAAGGAGAGACACCCCAUGCCAAGCUGAUGAGGAAGGCUUAUGAGGAGCUGUUUUGGAGGCGCCAUAUUAAAUGUGUUCGACAAGUAAGGAGAGACAACUACGACGCACUCAGGUCGGUGCUGUUUCAGAUUUUCAACCAGGGCCUCUCUUUUCCAUCCUGGAUGAAAGAAAAAGAUAUUGUGAAGCUUCCUGAAAAACUGCUCUUUUCACAAGGUUGUAAUUGGAUCCAGCAAUACAGUUUUGGUCCUGAGAAGUACACAGGUUCAAAUGUGUUUGGAAAAUUACGUAAAUGUGUGGAAUUAUUGAAAACACAGUGGACUGAAUUUAGUGGAAUUAAAGAUUAUCACAAGAGAGGGAGUAUGUGCAACAUCCUUUUUUCUGAUGCUCUCCUGGAACAUAAACUUUACGAAGCUCUGAAGUUCAUCAUGCUCUAUGAAGUCACCGAGGUUUAUGAACAAAUGAAGACCAAAAAGGUCGUCCCCAGUCUUUUUCGGCUCCUAUUUACUCGAGAAAGCUCUUCCGAUCCUUUGAGCUUCAUGAUGAAUCACCUGAAUGCUAUAGGCGACACGUGCGGACUAGAGCAGAUUGAUAUGUUUAUACUUGGAUACUCCCUGGAAGUAAAGAUAAAAGUGUUCAGACUGUUCAAGUUUAACUCCAGAGACUUUGAAGUCUGUUACCCAGAGGAGUCGCUCAGGGAGUGGCCAGAGAUUGCCCUGCUGACUGAGAAUGACCGCCACUACCACAUUCCUGUCUUUUAAGUCUGGCAGGACAGCGGGCAUCAGCCCUCGCCAGUGACAGUGGUCACGCUCGCAAGUAAUGUUUCUAGAAAACCAAAGCUAGUAUUGCUGCCAUUGAAGGAAUCGGACCUUCCUCUCCAGGAGUCCAGGUACACUGGACGGAGACCCCACAGCGCCUUCGCUUUCUUUUCGGUGAUUUCCUCCAGGGCAGCUGCGUUGAUGUAUUUUUGGGUUGGUGGUUUGACCUUGUUUGUAAAGGCUGUGGUCAUUUCACACACAACAGAGCACAAGGACAUUUAGUUUGGACAAGGACAGCAAUAGGAAAAAAGCAAGAAGUAAACAAGUAGGGGAAAGGGACUAAAGGGAAGGAAUUUCUUUGUCUGUAACCUUUAUGGUCUUCAUUAUGAAUCUUGUCUUUGAUUUUGGAUCUUCAUAAACAUGGCCUUCUUUUGUAAGCAUUAUCUUCCCAGGAAUCUCUAUGGUAUAUUGAUUUUUCAGAACCAUUUGAUCAACUUUAAAAUUGUGUGUGUGUGUGUAUUUACACUCACACACACAUACACAUGUAUAGUUUUAUAUAUACACAUCUAAACACAUACAUACACAUAGCCACUACUUUGUAAUGUCGUACAAUUUGUUUUUUAUAUCUUUACUUUUUUGUUUUUACCCUUGCACCUGGCCAGUUUAAUAUGUUUUAUAUAGAUCAAAAAGAUAAAUUCUGUAGAUUAAGGCAACUGAAUGACAAUUAUUGAACUGUCACAAAAAUAUUAAAAUGGUGUAUUUAUUGGGUGUUUACAUGUGUAUUUAACGUGUGUAGGUAGUCAUUCCCUGUCCCCUCCCCCCACGAAAUGUCUGCAUCCUGAUCCCCAGAACCUGUGAACAUGUUGGGUUAAACGGCAAAAGCGAAUACAGUUGCAGGUGGAAUUAAGGUACUAAUUCACUGACCUUGACAUAGGGAGAGUAGUCUGGGUUCUCCAGGUGGGCCCAGCAUAAUCACAGGCGUCCUUAAAGUGGAAGAGGGACUUGGGAGAGUGUCAGAGGGAAAUGUGAGGUACGGAAGGACAGAGACAGGUGGAACGUUGCUGGUGUUGGGUACUUACAGCAGAUACAGGAAGGAGCCAUG